AUGACGGACACACCUCCUUUACCAGAGGCUACCAGCGAACUGCAGCAACAUCCUGUCCCACCACUGCCUUCGACACCUCUCAGCCCUCCACCAGGAUUGCUUUUGAGCCACCCGCCACCUGUACGUUUGUCAUCCAGUCCAGCUUCGUCGCCGCGCAUCGUCGGAUCGCCACCUACACGAACGCAAUCGAUACACCCCGAAACAGGAAGCCUCAUGGCAGCAGGGACCCAGCCCGGGGCUGACUUCCUGGAGCUUACUAGCGACGAUGACUCCGAAUGGGAGGAUGACGAUGGAACUCGGCGCUUUAGUGAUGUAGAAAGAAUGGGGAGCAGAGUCUCAGCUGCCACAUUUGAGAGCACCAGAAGCGAGGAUUGGGAGAGAGAGAGAGGGAGAAAGAGACAGAGUGAACAUCUUACGGCACUUCCGCCUGUCAACCAGAUAUCUGCGCACGAUUCUGCUACAGAGGAGGUCCCACCUGCAGCGCGGCGUCCGCCGAGCCAGGCACGCCAGAUGAGCCUCAAGAGAUACAGCCGGGUCAAUGUUGUGCACAAUCACGGUUCACCACGCUCGAGCAUCCUCAGCAAUGACUCCUCGGAUGUAAUACCACGACCACUCAAUGUCUCGCGAACUGUAUCGCAGAAUCUCGAGGAAGACCCACCUAGCCGGGUGUCUACCGAGACACACAGACGCUAUCAAAGAAGCACGUCAGAGUCUGAAAGCAUCCGUAUGAACGCGUUUCUCAAUGCCCAUUACGCGACUCUACAGGCCAUCGACUCUCAGCCAAACUCACCCCCGGCUCCGCAGUUCUCCUUCCCAGAUACCUCGAGACAAAGAAGUUUCUCGGCGCAGCGACAUAUCAAGCUGAUGCCAUCCAUCCACACAGAUGUACAUGACCCAGACCGGCCACCUCACCUCCCAGCCCACUUCAUCAAGACCCCCUACCCCUUCAGUCCCAAGAAAGAGUUCCCACCCCCAAAGACCCGCCCGCGCAAAACAGACCUCUACAUCACGCCGCUCUCCACCUCCCCCCAGAAAGGGAUCCAUGUCCUCGGCAUGGCUCACGACACCGCCUACGACCCACGGUCCCGCCUCGAGCGCAACAUCUCUGCGCAGGGUCUCAUUCACAGCCCAUCCUCCCCAACCACAAAGCACGAGCGCUGGAAUUCCGCCCGCAGCACAAACUCCGCGCGCGAAAGCUACAUCUGGCUCAGCCUCCGCCGCAACAGAAACCAUAUCGCCUCCCGCAUGGAGUCUCUCACCAUUCCCUCCUCGCUCGUCGCAACACCACAGCCCAGCCCAACAUUCAAGCCCAAGUUGCGCCACCUCGCCGCGGACUACGACGACAUGCACUUCGCGCGCGAGCUACGCGCCACGUAUCGUAGACUGGCCGGCCCGUGGGUCCUGCGUGUCCUCAGCGCAAGGAAGCUGCGCUACAUCCGCCUCGCGCAGGUCUCCGCCUGGAGCGGGUCCUCCAUCCCGCCCGGCCUGCACGAACAAGCCGGCACGCUGCUCGCGGCGCGCAGCGGCCUCCCAACGCUUGGCGAUCCCGGUCCACCCUUCACCGAGCAUGCGUUGCUAGAUCUAUAUCGCGCGCCGCGCUCGGGCGACGCGCGGUACACGUGGGUGCACUGGGCGCGCCGCGUGGCGGCGAGUAAUCGGCGCCCUUCAGAUCCCCACGCGCAUGAGCGGACGCGGAGUGAUGGAGUAGCGGAGAGGGAGGUUACGACGGUGCAGUUUGUCCAUGCAUUUGCGCCGUUCAAGAUGUUGACUGUGUUGGUGGUUAUGCUGGCGGUGGCAGUGGCGGCGGCGGUGUUAUACAUCUUUUUGGGGAAUAGUGUGUGGAGGGGAGAGGGGACGAGGGAGCGUGCGGAGAAGGUGACGCCGGGAAUGCUGGUGGGCAUGUUGGCGCUGGGUGUGGAGGGUGUAGUGUUUGUGGCGUGGGUUGUCGGGAGUUGGAUGUGGUUGUAGGAGUGAUGUGCUCAAGGGGAGCCUCAUUUUGAUAUUUUCUGUGAAUAGUUCUUUACGGUGUGAUAUUUUCGAGCCGCCGGAAUUCGACGUGGGUGCUACAGAGUUACAAGCGGUUGUAGGAGUACAGGAGUGGGUUUUCCAGUUGGUUUAGGUAAUAACAUAAUCGGGGGAGAUCUUAUUGAGCAGGCAGGGUUCGGCG